CCAUCAUGAGCUGCAGAACUCACAAUAGGUACUAGGUAGGCAUAUCGUCGAGGUAGGCAACAGCUCCAGUCACUGCAAGGGUCGCCCCUCCCCCUCCGUCAGUGUUAGCCCAUAACCCCACCAUGAAUCAAUCUAGCUCAGUCAGCCCAACAGCCGCCAAUGCUUUGACCUUCACAUCAGCCUCGCAUACUUGAAACCUACACGACGCUCUUUUCUUUGCUCUUUGCAAACUCUUGUAAAAGCUCUCGAGAACACAACACCCCGGUUCUUCACUACAGCCGCCAAAAUGUUGAUCAAGGUCCGCACAUUGACCGGCAAGGAGAUCGAGCUGGAUAUUGAGUCGGACUACAAGGUCUCCCAGAUCAAGGAAAAGGUCGAGGAGAAGGAGGGUAUCCCGCCCGUUCAACAGCGACUUAUCCAUGGCGGCAAGCAAAUGACCGACGACAAGACCGCUGCCGAAUACAACCUCUCCGCCGGUGACACUCUCCAUCUCGUUCUCGCCCUUAGAGGAGGACGAUGGAUGGCAUAAAUACAUCGAACGAAUAUUUGAGCGAACAUAGUGGACCUCAUCCCGACUUAACGAGUUCGCCGCUCGACAACCGAGGAUGACGAGGGAUGAUUAUACUAGGUGGAAUGACUGAGCACAGUACAAGAGCUGUUGGACCCACGGGAUCAUGAUGUCGAGUCAGCUGGAGCAGUCAUGCGCGAACACUGCUGCUAGUAUCAAACACUUUCAGGAGACACGGUGAUAAUACCAAAAGAUACGAUAAAGUUAUUCUCAUUGAAGCAUCCCGUUUUAAUAAGCCUGGCUAUGCUCAUAUUUCGCUUGCCGUCUUAUUGCUAUCAUACACAUCACAAAUUGGUAUAUGCGCCAACCUCGUUAUUCCAUUCCAUUCUUAAUCUAAUUACACGAUUUAUGGACUAUUAGUCCGUUAUCAUUGUUGCCACUCGCUUAUCGCCGUUUGGUUCCCUUGCUAUGGCUCGUCAUACACUGUACUCCUGUAAUGCAAUGGGGUUGGAAAUUGCCCCUCAAAUAACCCUCCCGACAAACCGUGUCAAACAUAUAUAUAUAUAAAAGAAUUGUUUGUUUAGAUCUCAAGCUCUUUUCUUAGGCUUCAUGAAGACAUCCGUAGCCUUGCGCUUGCGUGGUCCGAUGCCCAGAUUAGGUCGCGUAUUUGUGAGACGUGUAGGUGAAGACUGUUCGGCUGGCUCGGGAGAAAGAGAUGUUUGUUUCUGUUGAGGGGUAGGAGAUAGCGACUUUCCAGCUGAAGGGGUCACUCUGGGCCGUGAAGAUGUUGUAGUUUGAGGCUUAGGACCUUUAUAGCUGUUGGAUAGAAGACCAGUGCGUUUGACCUUGCUUGUAGAGUCGCUGUGGCCAGCAGCAGGCUUCUUCAGAGGAGACAAAGAUACCUGAGACGAAGCCUUUCGACGGGGUACCGGCUGUUCAUCGUCAAACAGAUCAUCCCCAUCGUCAGAAUCAGAGUCCGAGAUGUAUUGCGCCCGUGCCUCAUGGGUUUCAACUACAUCAGAGACUGUUGGCUUCGGUGGAGGAGGGGGCGGAGGUCGGAUUGCUGGCUUGGCGGCUCUCUGAUAGUCGUUCACCAUAGCUGCAGGCGCCUUGCGGAGUUUUGUGAUAGCAUUUGAUGCUUGUGUUGGCCUUGACAAUGCGCCGUGGAUACUGGCAAUCUCCUUCGUCUCUCGUCGUACUUUGCGCAUGACGCUUGCACCAUUGUGAGUCUUGGUACGGCUUCCCCUGUUGAAAGCGAGCGUGCUGCCAUUGGGGUCUCGCGCACCAAAUCCCCAAGCCUUCUUUGGACCGACUCUGCCUCCUCGGGGCAGAAGUCUUCUGUCAUCGACAAUCUUGCUGGUGUUCUUCUCCUUGUCCUCCUUGAGUCCCAUGAGAGCAUUCUUAAGCUUCGCCUCACUUUCCAAGAGGGCCUUCUGGUGAUCUGAUUUGUAUUUCUCAUAGACGCGAUACCAUUUAGUUGGGUUUGGUGGUUUAUAUGCCUUUUGCUUGACUUCCAUAGGAAACUCAUGCUUGAUAAGCUUCAGCCAUACCUCACCUGUCUCGCCCUGGAUUUGAGGCGAGUUCAGUUCGAUAGUUCGUAGUUGUUUCGCGUUAUCGAUCUUGAGGAGAAGGAGGCGGACGGCUUUAUAAGGAAGAUAGUCGCCAACACUGUCGAGUUCGCGGAUGUUUUUGAUGCAUGCCGCAGUGGCAAGUUCCAACAGAGACUUGGGUGGCAUCUUGAAGCUCGGGGUAACGUGUCGAAAGUUCGUUCAUGCGUUUCGUAAGUUUAUGCGAUCGUUAUGGUGUUUAUAUGGGGAGAUAUGCGGAGUGUUCCGUGAUAAUUGUAGCGACGCCUGAAUAGCAGUGGUACAGUUGAGGAGUAAGACGGAUUAAGGCAGGGUUAUAUAAGGUAAGGUGGGCGGCACAGUGGAAGAAAGAAGAGUGAUUAAGUGUUGAGCCCCUUGGAAAGGCAGCCAAGCAUUGCUAUAAAGAAAGCGACAGCAUCGUAAAUGUGUGAUGUUCCGAGAGAGUUGAGAUCUUGAAAGGGUACUCGAAUGUCAAGGGAACCCUUUGUAGUAUAAGGUAAGUAGGGUCUGAGCCACGACGUAGUUG